CGUGUUGUUGAGGGCGGAACCAAGCACCAGACUGGCCAAUAGGAGUCGGGAGCGGGGUCCCGGAACUGAAAGAAACGGCGCCCGGGAGGGGGCUACGGGAUCAUGGGGCUUCUGACCAUUCUGAAGAAGAUGAAGCAGAAAGAGCGAGAGCUGCGGCUGCUCAUGCUUGGCUUGGACAAUGCUGGCAAAACCACCAUCCUCAAGAAGUUCAACGGGGAAGAUGUGGACACCAUCUCCCCAACAUUGGGCUUCAACAUCAAGACCCUAGAGCACCGGGGAUUCAAACUGAACAUCUGGGAUGUGGGUGGCCAGAAGUCUCUGCGCUCCUACUGGCGGAACUACUUUGAGAGCACAGAUGGCCUCAUCUGGGUGGUGGACAGUGCUGACCGCCAGCGAAUGCAGGACUGUCAGCGUGAGCUGCAGAGCCUGCUGGUGGAGGAGCGCCUGGCUGGAGCAACCCUCCUCAUCUUCGCAAACAAGCAGGACCUGCCUGGAGCACUGUCCUCUAGCGCUAUUCAGGAGGCCCUGGACCUGGCCUCCAUCCGCAGCCAUCACUGGCGCAUCCAGGGCUGCAGUGCUGUCACCGGGGAGGAUCUGCUGCCUGGCAUCGACUGGCUCCUCGAUGACAUUUCCAGUCGUGUCUUUACUGCUGAGUGAGCUUCUUCAGGGUCCCCAGCCCACUGUGCAGGCCCUUACCCCUCAUCAGACACCAGCUAGGGGGACAGGCACCAGCCGGCCAGACUAACACUCCCAACCCUGCCGUGACCUGCUACUGCUGCCCACUGCUGCUCCCGGCCCAUGCGCGGGCUGUCACCCUGGCUCCUGAAGUGGCCUGCAGCUGCCAUGCCAAAAGGAAAGGUUGGACUGGGAGGGACUACAUGCUGCUACAAGGUCCUGGAUGUCGCCUCUGUCCAGCAGUGAGAAUAAAGCACUCCUUUCCCAGUU